AUGACGGAACCACUUCUUGCCGGGGGAAAUGAAAUCCUGGUAGAUUCAUGGGGAUUCGGAAUGUAUGCCAACUCCAGCGGGACCUUCUUUGCGCAACAGUCCGAUUUGGCAACGAUGGAGCGAAAUGUGGCGCUUGUCGGAAGCAAAUCAUAUGUUAAGCCUAAUUUCUUUACCCGACGCCGUCCCCAGUAUUACAACCUGCAGGGUAGCCAGGUCUUCGAUGUUCGUUCCUACGGUGCCCAGGGCGAUGAAACGACCGAUGACACGGUCGUUCUGAACAGCAUUCUAGGUGUUGCAGCCAACUUAUCCGCAAUUGUAUACUUCCCAUACGGAAUCUAUGUCAUUCAGGAUACUCUAACUAUCCCAAAAAGUUCGCGCAUUAUUGGACAGGCGUGGCCGCAGAUUAUGGCAAAGGGACCGAAAUUCCAGAACGUGAAUCAACCCCAUGUCGCAGUACGAGUUGGAAGUCCUGGAGAUGUUAACAUUGUUGAAAUUCAAGACUUGCUUUUUACCGUCUCUGGGCCGACGGUGGGAGUGAUUCUUAUGGAGUGGAACAUUCAUGAAUCCUUCCAAGGAUCUGCCGGACUUUGGGAUUCGCAUUUUCGCGUUGGUGGCGCUAAAGGGUCUCAAUUGCAGAGCUCCGAUUGUCCCAAGCAGGCAUCUGCUAUAAACCCCAACUACAUUGCGGCCUCAUUACUCCUGCAUAUCACUCCCAGCGCAUCGGCGUAUAUGGAGAACGUCUGGGCGUGGACAGCAGACCAUGACCUAGACAUUGCUUCCCAAGAUCAAAUAAAUAUCUACUCUGGUCGUGGCAUUCUUAUCGAGAGUCAAGUACCGGUCUCCAAUGCAAAAAACCUUGUCAUGGGCAUGCUCCAGACUGAGUCGCCUUACUUCCAACCUGUACCCAAGGCCCCAGCUCCCUUCACCAUCGGCCUCUUCCCAAAUGACCCUAUAUUCUCCGAGUGCUCUGCGAGCUCGCUUACAUGCGCUAUCUCAUGGGCCGUUUGGGUCGUUGAGUCGUCUACGAUAUACAUUUUGGGUUCUGGCAUGUAUAGCUGGUUCUCUAGUUACUCCCAGGAUUGUCUUACCACAGAUGACUGCCAGGAUCGAGGGUUCUACAUUGAAGAAAGCAGUGAUGUCUGGAUUUUCAACCUUGUCACCAAGGCAAUCCGUGAGAGCAUCAGCCCUCAAGGAGAAACGCCCUUAUACGCAAAAGAUACGAAAAAUGGCUAUACCUCGUCGUUGCUAGGAUGGUUCCGUGAACCAACUGAAGUGAUUGGCAAGCGCAAUUUCACGGGUUACUAUCUCUACAACAGCCCGGCUUAUGAUGACCUGCUCGACACAGUUUCCAGCACCUGCAAGACUGCAAUGACUCGACUGAUCGAAUGUGCUGAUGAAACAUACUCCUUCCUGCAGCCAGCUUGGCCCCAAGCCUACGCAAAUGAUACCCUGGCCGAUCUGGUGUGCGACAGCCGCUGUGAGCUAUCAAUCAAAACAUGGUAUGAAGACGUUACUACCUACUGCAGCGAGUUUGAUACCAAGCAAGAUGUUAUGAACUACCGUGGCGGCAUUCUUUGGGCUGGGUGGAACCAGACUUGCCUCAAGGACCCCAAUAGUGGGAGUUAUUGUGGUAAUGUGAUGCAGAAGUUCACAGCAGUGGACUUUGAGCGCGACAUGCCCGAUUCGGAAAUGUGUUCGUACUGCUACAUGACGACUCUGCAGCUGGCACAAGCGUCGCCUUACUCUUUCUACGAUGAAUAUUAUCAGAGGGUCCUCGAACUUGUUUACUCUCGAUGCGGCGUCGUUGGGUCCACGGACAUCCCACCGGCUGUGGAGGAUCGCACCGAGGAUUCUACAGAUUUCUGCGCUUCCGACACAUACACCAUAGUGGACGGCGACACGUGCGACUCUAUUGCUCUCGCCAACACCGUUUCCUCCGCGGCUCUCUUCAUUGGCAGCGAGACGAUCCGAAACUGCAGCAACAUCGAAGCUGGCCUCUCGGUCUGUCUCCCCUUCUCAUGCAACCCCGUCUACAGCUUCUCCCCUGACGAGACCUGCGCCUCCAUCGAGCAAGCGCUGGCCCCUGGAUCAACGGCGGAUGCACCAAUCUGCAAGAUUGGAGCGCUACCUACCUUUGGCCAUGUGCUCUACGUGUCACCUCAAGGGGGAGUGCACACGGGGACGGUGCCGCCGCCCGGUGUCACCUCUCUUCCCAGCUCGAGUAGCGGAUACGCCAGCUCCAUCACCUUAGCUCCCGAGAAUGCUACGGUGGCUAACGGGACGACUACGAACUGUGGUCGGUGGCAUGUCCCGGUGGACGGGGAUACGUGUGCGUCGAUUUGCGUGCAGGAAAAAUUCGAGUACUCCCUCUUCCUCGCAGUCAAUCCAUCAUUGUCGGCGAAUAAUUGUACCGCCGAGCUGCUGACGGGGACGGCCUAUUGCUGUGGUCCGAUCCAAGGCUGGUCGCUGACGCCUCCUAACCCGCCUUUGACCACGGUUCCUGAACCGACUCCCAGUCCUACCUCAAGUAUAGGGGUUUAA